AUGCCUUUUCGGGGACUGCACGGCCUUUCUGUGGAAGGCCGCCGGCACAGCGCCUGCUGCUCCAGCUGUGAAAAGACCUGGGCUUGCGCCGUGUUUGAAACAAGUCUUGAAACAAUUACGGGCACAAGCGCAGAAGGCUCUGUGUGCGGGGUUACAAAAGGCGACAGAAACGGAGGAAUGUAUGUUUUAAUGGUUUCGUACGCCUCCAUCUGGGCUCUCCUCUUUUUCUCUCUCUUCCUGUGCAGCGGCAUGGCCAAGGCUUCUUCUUACGCAAAAAAUAAAAGACUCUGCAUAUUUGUAUUUUCUGGCCGUCUCACCGCGCGGAAAAUGUCUUCUUCUUGGCGCCUGCUGGAAAAUGCGGGCGUUUUAGCACGAGAAUCUGCAGCUCCUCGGGAUAGGCCGCUGCUCAGAAGACUUGCAGCAAAUCCAGCUGGGGUGUUUUCAGCUCUCAAAUGGCAAACUCAGAAAAGGCGUCGGCCCAUGCUAGUGUGCUGCAGCCCAAGGCAAGCCACCAUGCAGCUGUUAAUAACACGUUUAUUUUUUUGUAAUGUACUGCCCACACGGCGACAAAAUGAACUCUCGCGUGAACUGGGAGGUUCCAAAGAUGUUUUUGUAGUGCAUUCCCAGAGCAAGCGUUUUGCUCUUGAAGUCCUUCACGGAGACGCUGGAGUGCGCGCUAUUUGA